CCUUCUCUCUCUCUGUCUGUAGACUAGACUCUCUCUCUCUCUCUCUAGCUCAUUCUUCUUCCUUUGGCUACACACACACCCAAACAAAUAUUCCUGACAGGCAACAAACCCUAAGCAUCCACGUUUUUUGAUGCUUUGAUUUUGAUCGAUCUUCAAUCCAUAGAUAUGGAGAUGGAGAUGGAGAAUCAUCGCUCCGGCGGCUUCACCUACAUGGGCCGCAAAUUCAGCGAUAUAAGUGUCAACGACUCCUCCUCCGCUUUCAGCGAUUGCAACAGCGACAGAUCCGGCGAGUUUCCCACCGCUUCCUCCGAGAGCCGUCGUCUCCUUCUCUCCUGCGCCUCUGACAAUUCCGAUGAUCUCAUCUCUCAUCUCGUCGCGCAUCUCGAUUCCUCCUCCUCUUCGAUCGACGAGCAGAAGCAGGCUGCUAUGGAGAUCAGGCUCCUAUCCAAGAACAAACCUGAGAAUCGGAUCAAGAUCGCCAAAGCCGGUGCCAUUAAGCCUCUGAUUUCUCUCAUCUCCUCUUCGGAUCUUCAGCUCCAGGAGUACGGAGUCACCGCAAUUUUGAACCUCUCCCUCUGCGACGAGAACAAAGACCUUAUUGCUUCUUCCGGUGCCAUUAAGCCGCUCGUCAGGGCCUUGAAAAUGGGAACUCCCACGGCUAAAGAGAACGCCGCCUGUGCUCUCCUCCGUCUAUCGCAGGUCGAGGACAACAAAGUCGCCAUCGGAAGAUCCGGAGCCAUCCCUCUGCUUGUGAAUCUUCUGGAAACAGGCGGAUUCAGAGCCAAGAAGGACGCAUCCACGGCUCUGUACUCGCUUUGCUCAGCUAAAGAGAACAAAAUCAGAGCCGUACAAUCGGGAAUUAUGAAGCCGCUGGUGGAAUUGAUGGCGGAUUUCGGAUCCAACAUGGUGGAUAAGUCGGCGUUUGUGAUGAGUCUGUUGAUGUCGGUGCCGGAGUCGAAGCCGGCGAUUGUGGAGGAAGGAGGAGUUCCGGUGCUGGUGGAGAUCGUUGAGGCGGGAACGCAGAGACAGAAAGAGAUGGCUGUGUCGAUAUUGCUUCACCUUUGUGAGGAGAGUGUUGUGUAUAGAACCAUGGUGGCUCGAGAAGGAGCGAUACCUCCGCUAGUGGCUCUGUCUCAGGCAGGAACAAGUCGAGCUAAGCAAAAGGCUGAGGCAUUGAUUGAGCUUCUAAGGCAACCAAGAUCCAUUAGUAAUGGUGGCAGAUCGUCCCAACUCUGAGAUGUGAGCUUUUAGAUAUUUCCUUGUUCCCCUUUUGUUUGAUCUUUUUUUUUACACUCUUUUUUUUUUCUUUUACUGUUAAUGCGAAGAUACAAACAACAAACAAAUCAGAAAAAGGAAAAAAAAAAUGUAAAUAGUUUACAUGUAGAAAAAUUAGUGGGUUUGUAAUUUAUCUUGAGUUUGGUUUUUUUUUU